AGUAAUAAAAAUAUCGAACCACAGGUCUCUAGAUGUACCUUACUUUGGCUUAAGUUUCAUUAUCUAGUUAACCAAAAAUAUUGAUUAGGAUUAAACUAACUACAUUAACCUAACCACUACCCUAGUUAAUUACAAGUGUUAAGAGUUCACUUAGGCAUGAAUCCUCCUAAUUCCUUCAUUUGGUCGAUGUUAAUUACUUACUAAGAUUGAUUGACUCAAUAUCUCUACCACCGAGAAUACAAGACUAGGUUGGACAACCCCCCCCCCCCCCCCCCCUCUAUUCGAGUGCAUCCAACCCGGCUCCAUUGCGCUACCUGGAGAGGUAUACCAAACAACCGACAAAGGUAAUUGAGAUGCGAACCGCAAAUUCCCACGGAUGGACAAACCCGACGUGGUGUUUCCUAAUACGUCACUAUGAACCCUAUAACACUUGUUCUCAAAUUCACUCCCUCGAAGACUAACAUGGAACGAUAUAAAUUGAGAUGUGACCUGAAUUGCCAAAAAUGGGUCGUAAGAGGAUUUUCUCCCUCCUAGGUAAAAAAGCCCCAAACUGAGGGAUGAGAUCCAGAUCCAUCAAAUGCAUGAAUAAUACUCAACCCAAUUGAUAAUAGAGAAGCACAAUCAUAGGUUUGUCACAAGCAUCAACAAACAAUCCGAAAUAUAGAACUAGGGUUCAUCAACCUAAGUGAAGAGAGCUAAUUCAUAUAGAAGAGGAGAGAGAAUACAAUAUGUGCUUAUAAUCUUCAUCUUCUAGGGGAUGAUUUUCAAGCUCCAAUGGUGAUUGGCACAUGCAAUAUCAGUUCCAAGAACCCUCUUAGACCUCUCUCUCUCUCCCUCUCUCUCUAGAAAUGCCUAUUUGGUGUUUUGGGUAGGAAGUCUAAGGAAAACCUAGCUCUCACUAUAAAAAGCACCUAGAAAUCAGUUCCAAGAAUCCUCAUAGACCCCUCUCUCUCUAGAAAUGCCUAUUUGGUGUUUUGGGUCGGAACCUAAGGAAAACCUAGCUCCCACUCUAAAAAACCCGCCACUGUCGAUUUAUACUUGUAGCAGUGUACACAUCACGUUUUUUGUGUUUACUUCACGUACGUAAAGUGUGCAAACAGUGAUCUCAGCACAAAACACACUGUGUUGUGCACACUUCAUGGUUUUGGUGCGAUUUUCACACCCCCAUACCGUGAUCCUUGCAGUGCCCGCUGGAGUUAUAAAGCCUCCUAGAAAAUUGCACACUUCACAAUUUUGGUGUGAUUUUCAGUCCCUCGUGGCGUGAUCCUAACACCCAGCCCGUGCACCUUGCACAGACUCCAAUUUUUUACUCGUUUUGACAUCUGAAUGUUCUGAAACUCGUCAUCAACCUUCCUACACGUACUAGGACCUGAAAUGUGAUAAAAGAAGCACAACCUAGGGUAAAAUCCAAGCAACGGCCGUGAGGAGCCUCUGGAUUGGAUCGUCGCCGCCGAUUUCAAUGAAGGCCAGGGAGGCGAUGACGGGGACUAGCGCAUCGAUGAUGGAGACGAAGAAGGAACUAUCGUGGUCGGAGGAAGAAACAAGGGAGAAGGGAUCCCGUGUUUUUCUUCCCACGAGCCCUAGGCCGCCUGCUUGGGAUCGCGACGCUCAGCAGCAGCAGGGCCCCAUCUCGUCGAGCCGAGCAAGUUGGCUGUGGGUUCGGGUAUUUGAGCCACAAACCCUAAUGGGCCACGGAAAGCGGGUCAAUUCGUGGAUGACAGGUCGGCUCGCGAGAAACUAAUUGCUUUUGUUGGGAUUGAGUUAGAAUGUGGAUCGAGGCAGCGAGUGUCAAGAAAUAGGUUGUUCAAGUCUUCAAGGAGGAAUUGGGCUUCCAAUGAGCCCUUUUACUGAAUAUCUCUUGUAUGGGUUUGGGACCGAGACCUGAGCCGAACAUGGUCUGUGUUUUAAAAAAAGGGCUUGGAGGAAGAUGGGUUGAAGGGUUUAGCUGGUGGGCUCCCAAGGAAGUCUAGCCCAAAAGUAUGUCGAGAAGUAACAAUGCAAUUUAAUGGACUGAACCCAAGAAAGUGUUUGGAGGGCUUUGAUGAGUUGGUUCUUAAGGAUAAAUUCUUGUACAAAGAAGCUUCCCUAGAUUCCUGAAACUCUGAGAGUGAUGCCAACAAAAAAAGAGUUAUUAAAGUGGAGAUUUCUCGAGGAAACAAGAAUUGGAUCCUCAGAAGUAAAGGCCAUCGCUUUUGAUUAAUGCAAGAUGUCCAAGUCAAGAGAUGGAGCAUAAUUGGAAGAAAAGAUAGUGCAAGAAAGAUACAGAUUGCAUAAGGAACGUGAAAGAGUGGGCUAAGUUAGUCAACCUUGAGAGCAAGGUUGGUCUGAAGGGGGAGGAGAUGUUAGAAACCGAUUUCUUUUAGGAUUCCAUUAUUAUUAGUAGGGUAAUUAUAUAUGGCAAAGGCUUGCGUACGUCAGGCGUACGCUGUCGCCUGUGUUCACACUUGGUUUUUGCACUUUAAUAUAUUUCCUUGAAUCAGAACCGUCGAUUAUAUAUAUGUGUACUUUGGGUCUUUCGUCAGAUUAAGCAGAAAUUAAUAGAAAAGUUAUCUCCCCCUAAUCCCUAAUAUUCUCCUCUCAUUCUCGUUUAUCCUCUCUCUAAAGGCUUCGACCGUUCUAUCUAUUCUUCUCCAAUUCUACCCUUAUUCUCGUAAAUCCUUAAUUACCUAUCCAUUUCCAAUCUCAAAACACAACCGUUAGGAACCCAGAAAAAGGUUUCUAACAUGAUUGGACUUUUCAGUCGCCCCCCUAUGAACGAGAAAGGUAUCGGCUGGGAAUUGGAUAUUGCCGCUGUUGGCCAAUAAUAAAACAAAGCAUACCCGCCAAAAACACAGUUGCACAUGUCUCCGCCUCCACAAUGAUAUGGAGUUAGUGACAUCACCUUGUUUGACUUCUCACAAUGAUGAAAGCAGAAAUUUUAAUGAGAGGAGUUAAAAAUUUAUGUUUAAGGGAUUUAAAUUAGAAAGGAAGUUAAAGUCUUACCAUCUACUGUGUUUUCCAAAAUUGUUACAAAUUAUACAAGUACAUUUACACAAUGUUAAGAGUUGAGUGGAAGCUAUAGCCCCUCUUACCAAUAACAUGGCUCCGUCACUGACUUCUCAUGUGGAGUUGAGUUGCGUACCCAAACAUCCAACCUGCAAAAAACCAUUUCAACUUAAGCUUGCCCCCCCCCCCCCCCCCCCCGAUUAUUAAAUGUUUUCAUGAAACAUACAAAACAAUACUUUUCUUGUAGUUCAGUGGUUGAACUUAGCAUUUUGCCUAGCUUUGGCCUUUUUCAGCUCUUUUCCCUCUAGUUUUUUUAGUCCUUCCCCAAUUUUUCUUUUUGCCUUUCCCUAUAAGGAAGCUAGUGUUUCAAUGAUUUAUUGAUAAAUAUCAUCAAUUCAUUUGAUAAAUUUAAAAAUUAUUUCUUAUACAAUAUAAGAAUGUGAAGUUAUAUGCACCUAGAAUCUAAUUAGGAUGUACUAUACCAAUAUUUAUUAACCUACCAAGGGGACAUAAUAUAAUCAAAACCAUAUUUCAUGGAUGCAUGUGAAAAUAAAUAUGAUCCAUUUUUAUAGGUAAAAUGGAGAUAAAUAUAGGCUCUUAAUUAUCAUUCAUAUAUUCAAAGUGGAUGGACAAAUCUCAUCAAAUAUACACUUUUGUAAAGCCAAAUCGUACGCCAAACUAGUAACUUUAAUUAUUCAAGUUAUUAUGGUAAAUCCCUGAAGAAUAGUGAUAAAUCGUAUUACUUGGU